ACCUAAUGUAACCCAAUCUAACUUUAUAUACACGCGCUUAUUGUAUGAGCUGUAUGUUAUCGUUUUAUUUCUUUAAUGAAAAGGCUUUUUAUUAUAGGAAAACAUGAAGCUUCUCACACAUAAUAUGUUGACGUCCAGGGCUAUAAGAGGUGUGACAGUCGGCUAUCCUCUCAGAAUUAUCGCCAAAGACAUCAGAGUAUCUGAAGUAGAUUUCAAUCCAGAAUAUAUUGCUAGGAUAAUCCCAAAACUAGAUUGGACAGUGCUGUGGAAAGCUGCAGAGAGCAUAGGACAUGUCGGGGAAUUACCUCAGAUUUUAAUAGAAGACUUCGAGUCGAAUGACGACUUUCUAAAAAAAGUUCACCAUGUUCUGUUGGAAGUUGAAGUUAUAAAUGGAGAUCUAUUGUGUCCAGAAUCUGGUAGAAAAUUUCCUAUCAAUGAUGGCAUUCCAAACAUGCUUCUAAAUGAAGAUGAAAUUUAAAUAAUAAAACCAAAUAAUUUCUAAUAAUAUU